AGUGGGAGGUACGAAGAAAAAACCCCUCCUUCAUAUGUCUUUCCAGAGGAAGAAUCGCUGCUGUGAGCGACAGAGAAAGCGCACGACAAACACGCUGCUUCGCAGCAGUUUACCUCGGUGUGACUCGUAAAUCUCCGUACGUCGCGAGACACCCGCCCGAGUUUAAGAAUGAAAAACUUCCCAAAGAGCAAAGACGUGGAAGUUUUCUGACCGUUUAUCUACGCACCUGGACCAAAACCUAUUGUUUGGUUCAACUGGUUUAAACGCGACUCGCUACUUUUUUGCAAAAACCAGGCGAGCUGCACGAGAGAAAUCUGGCUGAGUGGCUUGUUUUGAUUAAAUUCAGCGUGGGAUAUUUUCUACAGAGAUCGCUUGUUCUGGAGUAAUGCUUCACAAACCUAAAUAACUCCCACAAAGAAGCGCCACUUCAACACAACCCAGUGCUCAUAAUACCAUUCAGAGAGAUGGAGGCGUGACUAGGGUCCCGAGGAAAGACAAGUGUCAAGUGGCGUUUCUAAGAGGGGCAUAUCAUUAACAGAUGUGUUUCACACCACCGGGAUGGCCUUUUCCACACCUAUUCAGGGGCCAGCUGCUGUCGGGUGAGGGGUCGAGAGGUAGCUCUAUGCUGCCGUUGUUGAUGGGCCAGUGCUGCCCACAGCUGUGUGAAUGAACUGUUUCGGCCCACCCUCCUCGCCCAGCUGCCCUGGCAUGGCUUCUCUCAGGAAGAUGAAGUCAUGGCGUUUGCUUCUCCUGUGGGUUAUUCUAGCUCAGUUCCCCUUGGCCCACGCACGUCCCGCAGUAACCGAACAAGGUCAUGCAGUACCGUCUUCUGAGGAUGAGGACGACGAUGAGUCAUCGUCAGAAGAGAACAAGCCUUCAAGUAGCCAGGAGCUCAUACCGAUGGCGCCUCAUUGGGCCCAACCUGAAAAGAUGGAGAAAAAGCUUCAUGCCGUACCGGCCAGCAAAACUGUGAAAUUCCGAUGUCAGGCCGAGGGAAACCCGAUGCCGAAACUACGCUGGCUCAAGAAUGGAAAAGAGUUCAAAAGAGACCAGCGCAUCGGGGGCUACAAGCUGCGGGAACACAUGUGGACCAUAAUCAUGGAGUCUGUGGUGCCCUCAGACAAGGGCAACUACACAUGCCUUGUGGAGAACGAAUACGGAAGCAUCAAUCACACCUAUCAGCUGGAUGUAGUGGAGCGAUCACCUCACAGGCCCAUCCUGUACGCUGGUCUUCCUGCAAACCGAACGGCUGUGGUCGGCAGUGACGUAGAGUUCGUCUGCAAGGUCUUCAGUGAUCCCCAGCCUCACAUUCAGUGGCUCAAACACAUACUAGUGAAUGGAAGCAAACUGGGACCUGAUGGACUCCCUUACGUACGCGUCCUAAAGACGGCUGGCCUCAACACCACCGACAAGGAGAUGGAGGUGCUCCAGUUGAGGAAUGUGUCCUUUGAGGAUGCUGGGGUGUAUACUUGCUUGGCGGGCAAUUCAAUUGGGAUCUCCCAUCAUUCAGCUUGGUUGACCGUUGUUAAAGCCCCCACCACUCCCUCUGCAGUCCCCAGUCAGUCCUACCUGGAGGUGCUGAUCUACUGCGUCGGAUUCUUCCUCAUAUUCCUCAUGGUAGGAAUUGCCACCAUCGUCAAAGUCCGCAGCUCCUCCAAGAAGAGCAACUUCAACAGCCAGCUGGCCGUCCAUAAGCUGGCCAAAAGCAUUCCUCUCCGCAGACAGGUGUCGGUGGAAUCCAGUUCCUCUCUGAACUCUGGUGUGAUGUUGGUCCGACCUUCACGACUCUCCUCCAGCGGGUCACCCAUGCUGUCAGGGGUGUCCGAGUACGAGCUGCCCCAGGACCCGUGCUGGGAGGUGCCCCGAGAGAGGCUAGUACUUGGGAAACCUCUGGGAGAGGGCUGCUUUGGCCAGGUGGUGAUGGGCGAAGCCAUUGGAGUGGACAAAGACAAGCCCAACCGCAUAACUAAAGUCGCUGUGAAGAUGCUGAAAUCUGACGCCACUGAGAAGGACCUGUCUGACCUCAUCUCAGAGAUGGAGAUGAUGAAGAUGAUUGGAAAACACAAGAACAUCAUCAACCUUCUCGGAGCUUGUACCCAGGAUGGCCCUCUUUAUGUCAUCGUGGAAUACGCCUCUAAAGGAAACCUGCGGGAAUAUCUGCGUGCCCGCCGGCCACAUGACAUGGAGUACUGUUACAAUCCUGACCAGGUGCCUGUGGAGAGCAUGUCCAUUAAAAACUUGGUCUCCUGUGCCUACCAGGUGGCUCGUGGCAUGGAGUACCUGGCAUCCAAAAAGGUAUUGUUGACAUAUUUUGUGACUUAUUCAAAAAUCUUCAAAAUGUGGGCUGAAAUGAAAAUGUUUUGGUCUGUGUGCAAUCCCCAACAGUGCAUCCACAGAGACUUGGCAGCACGCAAUGUACUUGUAACAGAGGACAAUGUAAUGAAGAUAGCAGACUUUGGUCUGGCUCGGGACGUUCAUCACAUAGAUUACUACAAGAAGACAACAAAUGGUCGCCUGCCUGUCAAAUGGAUGGCACCUGAGGCUUUGUUUGACAGGAUUUACACUCAUCAAAGUGAUGUAUGGUCUUUUGGUGUUCUUCUGUGGGAGAUCUUCACUCUGGGGGGCUCGCCGUAUCCAGGAGUGCCUGUGGAAGAACUCUUCAAGUUACUACGAGAAGGUCAUCGCAUGGACAGACCCUCAGCCUGCACUCAGGAGAUAUACCUGAUGAUGAAAGACUGCUGGCAUGCGGUUCCCACACAGAGGCCAACUUUUAAACAGCUAGUAGAAGACCUUGAUCGCACUCUGUCCAUGAUAUCCAAUCAGGAGUAUCUGGACCUCUCCGUUCCCCUGGAGCCCACGUACUCUCAGGUCAUCCUGAAUGAACGGAGUUCCACCUGCUCCUCCGAGCAGGACUCAGUGUUUUUAAGAGAGUCUGGACCUGAAGAACCCUGUAUCCCUCUGACAGUUCCCCCACAACAAACUGUACGAUCCUUCAAAAAACGCUGACAGUAGAGAACACCUGGACCUCCAUGAUCAUAGAGGAUCUCUCUACAUCUUUCUGCUUCUUUUGACUCAUCAACUCCGCAGGUUCAGAGACUGAGGAGUUCAGCCUGGGCCGUUCUAGCACAGAAACACAAGCAGGAGGACCAGCAGACUCUCAAUCAAGACAGAUCACAACAGAGAGGGAACUAUCAAACUUUUUGUCCAUCAAUUGUCCUUCAGUGGGAUCGAUCCUCACAA